UCUGAUAAUUUUCCUUCAUUUUUCAAACCACCGUUCGCGAUUCGGCUUGUGUUUGACGAACAGCUUUUGUGUUUUGGUCAUGUGGCGGGCUUCCUUCUUCGAAUUGAAUUAAUGGGGGGCUAUUCUUAUGCAAUCCCUGCUGAAUUUUGCAUGCAUUUGAAACAUUCCGAAUCAGAAGUUUGAAUUAGGGUUUUUAAAUCGUCGAGUUGGGUUUUUGUUUUCAAUUGUAGAAACAAGUAAAGGGUUUAGAUCUGCAAGCAUGGAGAAUGGAGUGGCAUCAGCAACACCGGCCCCUCAAUAUGCACCACACGAUCCGAAUCUUCCGGAGCCAUGGCGAGCCCUGGUCGACACAAGCACGGGUUAUAUUUAUUAUUGGAACCCUCAAACAAAUAUUACGCAGUACGAAAGGCCAAUUGCCGCUCCGCCGCUGCCCCCAGGUCCUCCACCUGCGGCUUCCGCCCUGAAGUUGCCCCCCGUAACCACCGAUGACCCAUCUCUUCAAAACCAGUCGGCGUCUGUUCACACCCCAGCUACUGUUCAACAGGGUGCCAGAUCAGAUUGCAUGCAUUCUAACACCAGUGGCUUCAUUCCAGCUCAGCCCAAGCUUGCUCCAAUUCCUGUACCGAGAAACCAGCAGGGAAUGGGAGAGAUGCACUUAUCACAUGCUCCAACAGGACAUCACAAUGCCUCCAGUGCAUCUGUGGUACGACCUAAUAUGCUUAAGCGUGGUGUGAGUGAUCAGAGCUCUUCUAGCCAGGAUUUCAAACGCCAAAGGUUGCAUGGGGUCUCUGACCUUCCAAAUGCUUCGGAUAUAGAGUCUUAUAAAAGACAGCAUGAAGUUUCUGCUUUGGGUGAAAAUGUUCCUGCUCCAUUCAUCACCUUUGAUGCUGCUGGUAUUCCUUCAGAAAUUCUAAAAGAGCUUCAAAAUGCAGGUUUUUUGUCUCCUACUCCUAUACAAGCACAAUCUUGGCCAAUUGCUUUCCAGAGUCGUGACAUAGUAGCAAUCGCUAAAACAGGCUCUGGGAAAACCCUGGGUUACCUUUUACCAGCAUUUCUUCAUUUGAGACGGCGUCAAAAUAAUUCACAUAGGGGUCCAACUGUACUUGUUUUGGCACCUACAAGGGAACUUGCUACACAGAUACAAGAAGAAGCUGUAAAAUUUGGUAGAUCAUCACGGAUCACAAGCACUUGUAUAUAUGGAGGCGCACCAAAGGGUCCUCAACUAAGAGAUUUAGAAAGGGGUGCAGACAUUGUUGUUGCCACCCCGGGAAGAUUGAAUGAUUUUUUAGAAGUCAGGAAAAUUAGCCUGCAACAGGUUUCUUUUUUGGUUCUUGAUGAAGCUGAUCGUAUGCUUGAUAUGGGAUUUGAGCCACAGAUACGUAAAAUAGUGAAUGAAAUUCCUUCUCGGAGACAGACUCUGAUGUAUACUGCAACAUGGCCAAAGGAGGUGCGGAAGAUUGCCAGUGAUUUACUCGUUAAUCCUGUUCAGGUCAAUAUUGGAAAUAUUGAUGAACUUUCUGCAAAUAAGUCUAUUACACAGUGUGUCGAAUUUGUUGCAGCCUCUGAGAAACAUAGAAGGCUGGAACAAAUUCUUCGCAGUCAGGAACCAGGAUCUAAAAUUUUAGUCUUCUGUUCAACCAAGAAAAUGUGUGAUCAACUUACUCGUAUUCUUAGUCGACAAUUUGGAGCAGCUGCUAUUCAUGGAGAUAAAUCUCAAAGUGAGAGGGAUUGGGUUUUAACACAGUUUAAAACAGGGAGAUCACCUGUCCUAGUUGCAACAGAUGUGGCAGCAAGGGGGCUUGAUAUUAAAGACAUUAGAAUUGUGAUAAACUUUGAUUUUCCUACUGGAAUUGAAGAUUAUGUGCAUAGAAUAGGCAGAACUGGCCGAGCUGGUGCUACAGGCUUAGCAUAUACAUUUUUUUCAGACCAUGAUGCGAAAUAUGCACAAGAUCUCGUUAAGGUGCUUGAAGUUACUGGUCAAAGAGUUCCUCCAGAAUUGAGGGAUAUAGCUGCUCGCUCUGGUUAUAACAGGGGACGUGGUGGAAGAUGGGAUUCUGGGGGCCAUGGUGGACGAGGAGGAAGAGGAGAUGGAGGUAGAGGUUACGGUAGUGGUCGUGGGGAGGUUUUUGGUGCGAGGGGUGGAGGAUGGGGAAUGGUGGGAGGGAGAAGUGAGAGACAGGACAGAGUAUAUGAUAGAUUUGGGGGUCGUGGCAGAUUUGACCGGGAUGCAUCUGACCGAUAUGAUACUUUCCCUGGCAAAUAUGACAGGGAUAGUCGAGAAAGGCAUCAAAAGGGUGGGCAUAAUAGGUAUUUUGAUGAUGGUGCAGAGACAGGACGGGGUAGCUUCCAAAAAUUUGAUGAGAGGCUAAGAGGCCGCAGCUAUAGUCGUAGCUACAGCAGGAGCCCAAGCAGGAGUAGGAGCCAUGGGAGGAGUUAUAGCAGGAGUAGGAGCCGAAGUCUAAGCUAUGAUAGGUAUGAUGGAAAAGUGGUUGUUCACAAGGGAAGCUCAUCUGCUGAUGUCAGAAGUAACUCACCAUCAAAAAUAGAAUCCAUGGAAAGGCAUGGUUUACCUGUAAGGAACGGUCCUUUGUCAAGGUUCUCUGCUGCAUAAUUUUGUAUUUGUUUAUGAUGAAAUAUCACUGCCUGGUAACAGAUCCCCACAUCAAGUUGUAUUUUCCCUUUGUCUGAUUCAGAAUACCAUGAUGAUAUAGCAUAUUAUGAUAUUUUUUUCCAUGGAGUGGGCAUUAGGUGAAGUGCUUUACUAUGCAGGAUUCAUCUCAAAUCUUGUAUUAUUGUAUUGUAAUGAACUUAAGCUGCUGGACAGUUAUUCUGUCUAUUUAUUCUAUGCUGGUUACUAAGUGACUUCAUUGGUUAUUGUGUAUUA